GUGCUGCGACAAGAGAUUGUGGACAAAGAUAGAUUUGAGCAGGUGCAAGUCCAUCACCCCCCAGGCGCUGAGCGGCAUCAUCAAAAGACAGCCGGUCAGCCUCGACCUCAGCUGGACCAAUAUCUCCAAAAAACAGCUUACGUGGCUCGUCAACAGGCUGCCAGGCCUGAAAGACCUCAUCUUAGCGGGCUGUUCCUGGUCUGCGGUCUGUGCUCUCAGUACCUCCAGCUGCCCCCUUCUCAGGACCCUCGAUCUUCGGUGGGCAGUAGGAAUCAAGGACCCUCAGAUCCGGGACUUACUCACGCCUCCAACAGACAAACCCAGUCAGGACAAUCGCAGCAAACUCCGCAACAUGAUCGAUUUCCGGCUCGCCGGCCUGGACAUCACCGACGCCACGCUGCGGCUGAUUAUCCGCCAUAUGCCCCUGCUCUCCCGCCUCGACCUCAGCCACUGCAACCACCUUACGGACCAGUCAGCCAACCUCCUCACGGCCGUGGGCUCUUCCACACGCAACUCCCUCACCGAGCUCAACAUGGCAGGCUGCAAUAAGCUAACGGACCAGGCCUUGCUGUACCUGCGCCGCAUCUCCAAUGUCACUCUAAUCGACCUGCGAGGUUGCAAACAGAUCACCCGCAAAGCCUGUGAGCACUUCAUCUCGGACCUGUCCAUCAACAGCCUCUACUGCCUGUCCGAUGAGAAGCUGAUCCAAAAAAUCAGCUAG